AUGACAGGCGAGGUGGCUGACGAGGAUGACUUUGCUACUACCGUGGACCACGUGGCGAAGAACUUGGAUCAAGGAGCUGGCCCAAGCAUAGGCCUGGACAAGAUGGAUGCGCGUAUACGAGGGUUGGCUCAGAAAGCCAGGAUACGACUUCAAGAUGCGUGGGCUGAGGCAUUGGAAGCGUCGUACUCCACGCUCAAGUCGUAUAUGCGCAAGACCAAGGACUUGGACCAGGAUAUCACACCCAGUCGUCUUCCGGAACACCUACAACUUCUAAUCAUGUUGUCCUCGCCUCCUGAUUCAUCUGUAGCCAGAAAUUACCUACAUAAACUGGCACAUCCGGAGAAAACUGCUGCUGGGCUCACUUGGAAGGAUAUUCUGGACGAAGAACCGUUUGCAGGGCAGCACUGGGAAGGUGUCUAUGGGUUACCUCCGGGAAGUACGGUGGAGGGUUGGGAAACCAUGAGCAUCGAGAGCACGCCGCCACUUUCACCCUUGAGCUAUCUGGACGACCGCUCUGUAUCACCCGUGCCGCUCGAUCUCGCUGGGGAUAUCGAGGCCUGCGAAAUGACGCCCGCCUACAUCUCCCUAGAGCCUAGUAAACACUCUCCCUCUCAACUGCUCUUCGAUCAUCGACGAGAUGUCGAGGUGCUGCAAGCUAAGCAAUACUGGCGGAAGGACUGGCACAUGGACGUCCCUCUAGCGAAGUCGUUCAACCCUAGCAUCCCAUCGUCUUUAGGGCCUUCUAUGAUGCACGCCAUGCGUGAACAGUCGUCUUCAAGACCGACAUACAUACACGAGCAUGACGCCACACGUGAGAUUCUCAUGGGACUUCAAGGCCAUCGAAAUAUGCUCGUCCAGUGGACGCAUGUAUCUGGCAUGUGUUUCUCGUUUCAGCCGAUACCUGAAUUCCCGCGGAUGCUUCAUGUGACGCUUGGAACGCAGAAGUCCCUGCUCUCUCGGUUCUGCGAGAUCGCCACCACCCUCGAGCACCUGAGAAAGUUCGUCGCGGCCGUGUAUACUUCCAUCAACAAGACACCUCCCGCGUCAUCUGUUUCGCGUUUCGGUCUCAAUCAACGCAUCACGCGAGUCGUUGAAGCUUCCACCGAAGCCGUCGCUGCAGAAGUACAGAUCUUUGAUCAAUGGUGCGCAUCGCGCGAGCAAGCCCUCAUACGAUCCGCCGCUGGAGCUGGCGGCGAUGGCGAUCUUGUCGCCACAUUUCUAUCUGUGGAGAAGGCCAUACGUGACAGGUUCUCUCGCAGUUUUGAUGCUCUCCUCGAGUGUCUCCGCCUGGUUAUGCGCUCAGCGUCUCGCCCUCAAGACCGCGAAGCCGAGAUUUGGGUGUUGAUGGAGUUACCGGGCGCGAUACCUGCAUCUCAGGUGUCCAGCAGUCUUCUAAACGUCCUACUCGACUCUGCUCAACGCAGCCUUGUAAUGGGAGACCCCGUGACACAUGAAGUUCUCAUGAAGGUCUUUGUUGCUAGUGCGCGUCCACUCUGGUCUAUGACUUGGCGCUGGAUACGCGAGGGGAUGCCAUUUGAGAGUGGCACCGAGAAACGCACUACCUCCGCCCUAGACCCCGAGUUCUUCGUGGAAGACCACGAACUUUCUUUAUACGACCCAGAUUUCUGGGCGGAAAGUUUCGCUCUCAGAGGCCUCGACGACGAGGACACCGCGCGAAUGCUCCCAAACUUCAUCCGACCGAUCGCUCCGCACAUCCUCGCUGCGGGCAAGGCAGUGGGGCUGACUCGCGCUCUGGGCGCACCAGCCGACCACGAAGACGAGGACUACAGCUGGCCCAGUUUAUCCACGAUUGUCAACGCUGCAAUUGCACCACGGAUGCACGCUACUGAGGAUCUGGCCCGGCUCGUGCAUGAAAGGGUCCUGCCGAUCUGCCUUGUAAGAGAAACCCGCCUCGCCGCCGUCAUCACCCAGGAGUGCGAGUUUGUGUAUCACCUGUCCGCGAUACAGGACGUCUACACGAUGAAGCGCGGGGACAUUGCUUCGACCUUCUGUGAGGUUUUAUUUGCGAAGAUGGACACCAGUCAGAGCUGGACGGACUAUCACUUUCUGAAUAGCAGUCUGCGACAGAUCAUCGAAGGAAGCGCUGCGGGUGACGUUCCCGCCUCGGCCCUUCGGCUCACCUACUCCGGGCGGCGGCACUCCGAAGUGCGAUCUUCCGCUGCAUUGAACGGCCUUCGGCUCGAAUACACCGCCCCUUUCCCUCUCACUUACGUGUUCGGACCCGAUGCUAUGAGAAUGUAUAACUCCAUCUUUAUUCUGCUAUUGCAAAUACGCCACUCGAAACGUGCCCUGGAGAGGGCAUUGGUCCGCUCGAGUAAUCCCAAUAUCGUGCAGCGCGCCGAGGGCAUGAAGAUCUUCUACGCUCUUCGAAGCAGGCUGUCAUGGUUCAUCGGCGGGUUAUUCGAUCACGUCACGACCUACGUGCUGCAAACCGAAGCUAUCGUUCUGGAAAAAGCACGCCAAGCUGCUCAGUCUCUGGACGAUCUUAUUGCCGUUCAUCACGACCACCUGACUAGAGUCCUGUCGCGUUGCUUUCUGGACGACAAAACCCCGAACCUAAAGGCGAUGAUUAUGGCUAUCUUGGACAUCUGUCUGCAGUUCGGCGAUACGUUUGUCGCGUUUGCGGGGGAUACGACCUAUGACAGCCGUCGACCGCAUUUCUCUACGCACAAGCACCGUAGUCGUCGCGCAGCCCACUUACGACGCAAUGUUGUUGGGUUUGAGCUUCCGCCGGCGGAGAGCGGCGACGACAGCUCGGAAGAUGACCUCGAAGGGAGAGAAGCGGAAAUGUCAUACACCACUUCCGCCUCAUUCGUCGAUCUCGACUUCUUUGGACAGGUCGACCGCAUGUCGCGUGAGCUGGAUAGUCUUGUCCGUUCAUUGAGGAAAGGAGUAGAGGCAUUGGCGGGUGAUACAACCGAAGCCGCAUCCGCCUUCGGUAUCUUCGCAUUCACUCUAGAAGAUUGGGAUAGGUAG